GUGGUCGUCUGUUGAUCACGUGACAGGAACUAGCCAUUUUUAUAACGAAUGAGCAUUGACUUCAUGACAUUGGCGGUUGGUUUAAACAGCAUAGCAGCACGUUCGGUAAAUUAACAGUUACAAACUUACAAUAUGGCGACUCUAAGAAAAACCAUGCGAUUUUCUAUCCGUGGAAGAAGAUACAGUAUUUUGGAAGGAAAGGAGAAUUACUAUUUCAACACACCAAAAUACAACAAAAGAAGUUCUGCUGUGGACGUUACUGACCACACAAACACCAAUGACCUGCCAACACGAAGAGGUUCUAAAGUUACCCAAUCUGUACGUGAUGCAAUGGGUACACUUAGACAGAAAUUUCGUAUGUCUACUAGAAGACGAGUUCGAUUACAGAGUGCAAAAUCUCCCAAAACACCAUCAAGACGUCGAUCAUUACGACUGUCAUCAGUAACACCACAGAAGGAUGUGAAGAUGUUGUCACCAUUCUGUAUUGAUACACCAAAUAAAAUAAGAUGUGGUACCAGACAGAGGCAACAGUGUGUAUCAUUAGAGACACCAACAAGACUGAGGAAAGAAGUUGAAGCUUUAACAGCUAAUAUGCAGGCACUGAGUGCUUUAACACCAAAUACACUCCGAGAAAGAAGUAUAGCAAGACGUACUUCACCAAUGCUAACAAAUGGUAGUUUGAAAUCACGCCAAGCCAGAAGAAAAAUAGAGACAACCAUUAUCUGAAGAGUAUGUGGUAUCUUUGCUAAAGGUGCUGAUCUAUGUCAGUCGGUGCUUUGCAACAGUAAUUUUUUUUGCACUUUAAGCCAUUGUCAUUGUCCUAUGAAUUAACAUAAUUUGUAAAUAAUGAAAGAAUUUCAAAUAAAUGAAAACUUUAGUGCUAUAUUAUGUGCUGUCUGUAAUGUACUAUGUUGUCUAACUGAAUCACUAGUAUCAAACCAGUAUUUUAGUAUUGUAUAUCUUCCUUAUGGAGUGACUUUUUAAAGGUCAGUUAAUAUUAAAACAUACUAAUGCUAUUAUUGAUCAUCCGCUUUUAAGAAAUUACAGAUAGUAUUAUUAGUAGAUUCAUUUUGUCUGUGAACAUAUUUGAAAAAGAAACUAACUUUCAAUCAUACUAAAACUUACAUAUUGAAUAAAUACUCAAAUAAUAAAUAUUAUAACAAUAAUAUUUGAAUAUCCACAUUAUAAUUAUACAUAAUUCAACAAACUUAUAAAGUUCAAUCAGUAUUCAAAUGUAUUAAUUUACUUUAAGUAUAAGAUGUGUUUCUCUCUUAUAUUCAUGUACAUAAUAAAAAUAUCACCAAAAGUAACACAUGACAAUAUAUGUAGAUAAUUAAAAUAAAUAAUUGUGAUUUAUUGUGUAUAAAUGUUAAUCCAGUGAUUGAAAUAUGAAAUAGGGGCCAACAUAUUUUUGGUCGGCUUCCUGGGGAAUUAAAAAUCCAUUUAGGAUUAAAGGUCGAAGCAAUUUUCUAAAAUACUUUAAUUGAGUAUCUAUACAGUUAUUUUCAUCAUGUCCAUAAUUCUAUAUAACUGCUUUAUAAUAAUUGUUAUAAGUAAAUAUUACUGAUAUAUAUGUUAUAGUAUUAUAUCAGUAUUUUUGUUAACCUAUCUCUAUUGUAUGUAUGUAUCUACUUUUCAUACUCAUUUAUAAAUGUAAUUUUGUUCAUCCUAUACAAGUAUAUGUAUUAUUGUAUUUAUCUUGUCUUUCAUUCUUUUCUGUUCUAUUCUCUUUUUCUAUCUUCUAUUUCUUCUAUUUUUUGUUUU